AUGCUUGAUGAAAUAAUCGCCAUCAAGUCUGACGAAAUGAACCACUUGCUGUCAAAGGUCUUGUCGCCCAACAUUUACACUCCGAAGCUCGAGCUUGCGUGGAAACGUGACAUGGCGGCGGCUAAAACGUUGCAGGGCUUUACAAAAGCCGAACACCCAGGAAAGGUCUUCUACUCAAACUGGUUGAUCGCCUCGUACCAGCAAACUGUAAAUACUGUUCCUGGUUUUGCCACCCGGGCCAUAGAGUUGACCCGGAUACAGAUCGCGGCUGUAGAUUUGAAGGAAGAAGUCAAGGCCCAUGCCAAGGAUAACGCUAAUGGUGGGAUAGCCGACCCCGGUAACCAAUCGCUUGACGCUACGGUCAAGAAGGGAGUCGCUGAGGCUAUCAAAGCAGCUGGCAUCAAAGGGAAGACCCAAGUGAAAAGUAAGAUUUCUAAUAUGAUAAUUGGAUCUCAUGCUAAUAAGCGAAAGAGGGCCCCACUGGAAAACGAAAACUCAAGCAAAAGGAAACAAACCCACGGGUAUUCGCAAGACGAAAACCGGCGGCAGAAAAAACGUCCGCAAGGCCGGGAAGAAGCCAAAGCCCAAGAAAUAAUAUGUAUGAAAUCUUGGUCCUUUGAUAAACCCUCUUCCUACCCGGAUAAGAUAAUAAGCUUACCACCCCACCUACAAUCACAGGUUCUGUUCAGUCGUACGCCUCUCGAGCUUGUCGAAGCGCGCCAGAGGUUAUGGCCAGGACCACACGUGAUGGAGAGAAUAAGUCUAUCGGAUAAACUCCGCUACGACCUUGGUGUAAACUUAAAAUUGCUUAUGCCUGUACACUAUAAUACCACUCUGUGUCGCUUAGCCUAUGUAGAAAUGUGCAAUUCUAUUCGUUGGUCAUGGUUCUGGUAUAAGCAUGCAAAAGAUCAAAACUGGAACCCGCGUCUGAAAUUAACCUACAAGGAAAAAUCAGAUGCCCCAGAAGCCACCGAUGCUAUUGAAGAUGGUUUAGCGAAUGGAUGGAGUAAGCUAUCUGCUUUAGUAGAUAACACUCGUACCGCGCUAGGCCCAAAGGCAGGAUUCCGUAGACCUGACCUGGGAGAAAUCAACCGACUAAUGAGGGCGGGUGAUAUCCUCAUCAGAUAGUCAGACAAAAACCUCGGGCUGGUGGUCUUCACUGCAGAAUGUGAGAGAAAUGAGGGAAUGUCCCACCUUGCCAAUGGUGAUGUAUAUCGAAAAAUUACACGACCUGCGGAAUUCCUCCAACUCCGGGAAAACGCAGUUGCAUACAUAAAAAAGGUUGUGGAUUCACCUAUUCAUGCUGCUUUUGGUGGACUCAACAAACAGGAACGUGACUUUAUUAAUGAAGGCCUGCAAUAUCACACUACUAUUCCAGUAAUGUAUGGGAUUCCUAAAAUUCAUAAGAUCCCUUGGGCUUUCAGGCCCAUCAUUCCAUCUCAUAGUUGGGUCUCCACUAACGUUGCAAAAGUUGUGCAACAAAGGGUAAAAAGCUUCGUCAAUAACUAC